AUGUUCGGUCCGGAAAAACUGUUGGGGCAGCUGCCCAAGCUGGAGAGAUACGGGAAUAUGGCGUCCGUGGGGGAUUUUAACCCGGUGAGCGCCAACGUGCCGGCCACCCGGGUGGAGAUCUCCGUGUCUUGCAGGAACCUUUUGGAUAGAGAUACAUUUUCAAAAUCUGAUCCAAUUUGUGUUUUGUACACCCAAGGGAUGGGAAAUAAAGAAUGGAGAGAGUUUGGAAGAACAGAAGUAAUUGACAACACUUUGAACCCAGAUUUCGUAAGAAAAUUUAUAAUGGAUUACUUUUUUGAGGAGAGACAGAACCUGCGAUUUGAUUUGUAUGAUGUUGAUUCUAAGAGUCCAAACCUUUCAAAGCAUGAUUUCUUGGGACAAGUGUUCUGUACACUAGGAGAAAUCGUUGGGUCACAAGGAAGCAGAUUAGAAAAGCCAGUUAUAGGAAUUCCUGGGAAAAAAUGUGGCACAAUAAUACUGACAGCAGAGGAACUGAACUGUUGCCGGGAAGCUGUUUUGAUGCAAUUUUGUGCAAACAAAUUAGACAAGAAAGAUUUUUUUGGGAAAUCUGAUCCCUUCCUGGUAUUUUUUCGUAGCAAUGAAGAUGGCAGUUUCACAAUCUGCCAUAAGACAGAAGUUAUAAAGAACACUUUAAAUCCAGUAUGGCAGGCAUUCAAGUUAUCGAUCAGAGCACUUUGUAAUGGAGAUUAUGACAGAACAAUUAAGGUAGAAGUGUAUGACUGGGAUAGAGAUGGAAGUCAUGAUUUUAUUGGAGAAUUCACAACAAGCUAUAGGGAAUUAUCUAGAGGCCAGUCACAGUUUAAUGUAUAUGAGGUAAUAAAUCCAAAGAAAAAGGCAAAAAAGAAAAAGUAUGUUAAUUCAGGAACAGUAACUUUACUUUCCUUCCUAGUGGAAACAGAAGUUUCAUUUCUCGACUAUAUUAAAGGAGGGACUCAAAUCAAUUUCACCGUGGCUAUUGAUUUUACAGCUUCAAAUGGUAACCCUGCACAUCCAACUUCACUUCACUACAUGAAUCCAUACCAACUGAAUGCAUAUGGCAUGGCAUUAAAAGCAGUAGGUGAAAUCAUUCAAGACUAUGAUAGUGACAAAAUGUUUCCAGCUCUAGGUUUUGGUGCAAAACUACCCCCGGAUGGAAGAAUAUCUCAUGAGUUUGCUUUGAAUGGAAACCCACAAAAUCCUUAUUGCAAUGGAAUUGAUGGCGUAAUGGAAGCGUACUAUAUGAGUUUAAAAUCUGUGCAGCUUUAUGGACCAACCAACUUUGCUCCAGUUAUUAAUCAUGUAGCAAGAUAUGCUGCCUCAAUAAAAGAUGGCUCCCAGUAUUUUGUUCUUCUCAUUAUUACAGAUGGAGUCAUUUCUGAUAUGGCUCAGACAAAGGAGUCCAUAGUGCAUGCUGCAAAGUUUCCAAUGUCAAUAAUAAUAGUGGGUGUUGGACCUGCGGAAUUUGAUGCCAUGGAAGAAUUGGAUGGUGAUGAAGUAAGGGUUUCAUCAAGAGGAGUUUAUGCAGAAAGAGAUAUAGUACAGUUUGUACCAUUUCGGGAUUAUGUUGACAGAACUGGAAAUCACGUGUUAAGUAUGGCCCGACUUGCAAGAGAUGUCUUAGCCGAGAUCCCGGACCAGUUUCUUUCCUACAUGAGGGUCAGAGGAAUCAAGCCAUUUCCGGCACCCCCUCCAUACACACCCCCGAUUCACGUGGUGCAGACUCAGAUAUGAGUACUUUGAAUAUUGAAUACUUUUCAAAAUUAUACCGUACUGCCAAGAAAGAGUUCCAGUACAGUGACGCACUUUAAGAGCCAGCAAGUUCUUUGUUAUGCAGUGAGUAGAGUUUUCGAGUGGGCUUUGGAAAAACAUAAAAAAAAUAAUAAUUAAAACUUCAUAUACCAAAAUGUUCAAUCUUGCUGCACACGCAACUGAACAGCUUUUAUUUACAAGAAGCUAAAUGGUUAAGUCGUUUCUAAGUGUUACUCUGUUUCUAACAGAAAAUGCCUAUUAUGUGGGUUUUUUGGAGAAAGCACAAGACCACGGGUUCUAUUCAAAAGUCUUUUGUCUUUCUGACUUAAUAUGUAUAUAUAAUGUGAAUGCAAAUCCUCUGUAUCACUGUUUACAUGUUACUACUUUUGAAACUUAACUACUUUUUAUAGUUAUUCUUAAAACAUUUGUCUUCUAUCUUGCAAUAGUGAAAAUCCACGAGAGAAGCAAUAUCUCUUUGAAUGAUUGUCCAGACGAAUUAGGUGCAAAGCUAAGAAUAGAAAAUGCAUUCAUAGGUCUCAAUGGAAACACCUCACUGAAAAGCUCAGUAAAGUAUCAACCUGAUAUAUCUGAGAAUAAGCUUCCAAGUUGUGAAUAAUGUAAGAAAAUGUAUUUUUGCAAGAUACUCCAAUCCUGAAAUAACUUGUGUUUACAUUUUUUUAAGAUUGAUUAUGCUGGCAUAAUAAAUGAUAACAACAGUAUCAUGCACUUCUAAUAACUUUUGAGCUCUGUGUUUAGCUCAUGUAAGGUAUGUGAAAUCUGUAAAGUAUCUUGCGUUGAAUAACAGUAGACAUUUGGCGUUAUAUUGCUUUCUGAAGGUGAAUAUCUUACUAUGAUUGACAGUUGCUAUGAGGUUUGUCUAGAUUGGCUAUUCAAAAGGGGGGGGGACUUAUUUUGAGUUGGCUGAGCUGCAGUCAUAUUGCCAUGGGGGGCACAUAAGUUGUGAAUCUUAUUUAACUUGAUUAAAACUGCACAAUUGUAUUGCUUUGUGCACAACUUUGUGUAUAGAACAACUCAAGUGUUUUAUGAUAUGCUUGUUCUUAUUCCAAUUAUCCAGUGUUUUUGCAUGUACAGUUUUUACAAGAAAUUCACAUUUUUCUGGGUAUUUGUGUCAAAAUUUUACAGUAGAACAAAUGGCCUUAAAUCUCACAGAUAUCUUGGAAAUGAUUGUGAAUUGCCUUUUAUUUUUCUGUCAAAAUUGUGUCAUUGCCUUGUAAUGUGUAGCGCUCUUUUUUGGCACAUAUCCUGUUUGAUACCUUCUUUACUAUUAUAUAUGUUACACUGAAUAAUAUGAAAUUAAGGUGCAUUUUUAAAGCAUGAAAGGGAUUUCUUCUGGAAAAAAACAAAUACAUAUAGCAUCAAUAAUAUAUAUAAUCCUAUGUAAUAAAAAAUCUUACAUUUUUAAAUAUAUUAAAGGUCCUUAAAAUACUAUCUUAUUGGAAAAUGCUUUUCUGAAUAUGUGAAGAAUAACCAAAUUGUUCAGAAUAGCUAAAUAAUAAUAUAAAUAAUAACUUCUUCAGAUAUUGAAGUUGCCAACCUAGAUAUAAUUUGAUACUAUUUAGACAGGUAUAUUCAGAAUUUUGAAACCCCUCAUAACUUUUUCAUCAAACCAGACAGUGAAAAAAUAAGUUCUAAAAAAAAAAGGUUGCCAAACACUAAGUAUGAACUAUUUCUCUUAUUUAUAUUUGCUAAAUAACAACUAAUGCAGUAACGUUUCCUUAUUGCUUAUUCUUAAGAAAUUUCCCCAAAGUUUCUUUAGAUUCCAUUUUUUUUUCUGUUUUACAGUUAUGUUACUAUUGAAAUAAAAAAGGCAAUUUCUGAAUUGUGACCAUUAGAAUUUUUUCUUUGACCUGUAUGUUAAUAUAAACUAAAAGCCGCAAAAUUCUGAUUCACAUAUACCUUACACGUUGAAUAAUUAAUUAUUUCAUAAUUGCUCUAAUAAUUUCAUAAUUGCUCUCCUUGCUUUAAGUUGCAUCUAAUUCCACAUGAAAUGUUAUAUCUAGGUUUUUCAAACUUGGCAACUUUAAGAUAUUGCCAGUUUCUAGAAUGCAGUUUGAAAAGCACUGAUCUUAAAUGUUGCUCAUUGCUUGGUCAAAUUUACAAUUGUCAUGUCUUCUCUGGUCAGUAAAUUAUAAAAGAUAUAGCUAGUAAAAUGAAAUUCUUUUUAAAUUUCCUUAUUUAAAAGAUUCCUAGUGGUAAGUAUAUCUGAUCCCAAACAGAAACUCUUACUUUAGAAUGUGAAAUGAAAGGCAUGACAAGCCAGGAUAUGGGAAGAGAACAGCAAAAUCCUUGGUUGGUUCCAUAAGCAGUUAUAACAGGUAGCAAUGAUUAAAGAAGACUUCAACAUGU